AUGCUUCACAUAAUCAAGGGAACAGCCAGACAUGCUCCAUUACUCAGAACCCAACAAUUGAGACUUCUUACUCAAUAUGCGAAAAACCCACAAAUAUACAUCCACGAAAAUCCGCCACAUCAUUACAAUUUUUCGCUAUCUAAAAAUCCCGAUGCUCUAGGCAUUGGAAAUUCUCUGAGCACCGAUCCUAAACCAGAGAACUUCACCGCCAAUAAGAACUUUGUUGAUAUAUUCCACAAGACAUUUGAGAGCAAGAUCUAUGAUGACUUUACAUUUAUUAUGGAGGCAGGUACAAAUGCCAAUUCAUUUAUGCCAGUUUACGAUUUCAGAGAUGUUCCCAAAUACUCGAGACAACCGUAUAUUGCAAAUGUGUUUGGAUAUUUGCAGGUAGAUGGCAAUGCCAAGAUUGUUCCAGGAAGUUGGCAGAGAAAUAAUUUAUAUGAGUUGUGCAAUGGUAAAGAUGGAUUGUGUCAUUUCAGUGAAUACAUGUAUGAAUCCUUGCAGCAAGAAUGUGAGAGUAUCAAGAAGUAG